GAGCCCGGGCUUCAAAAAUAAGCAAAAUAAACUUUAACUCACCUUUCUACGUUCCCCGGUUGCUCCGGUACCGGCCUCACGGUCCCUCCGCUGCUUUUGCUGCUUCCUGGGGAUGGGAACGUCACAGAGCCGCCAGCCUAUCACCGGCUGCAGCGAUGUAAUAUUUUCCACUGUAUCUAUACUGUAUGCAUAUGUGCAAUAUAAGUUAACUUUUUUUAAAUAAAAAUCGGUGGAGGUCUCAGCACUGAGACCCUACUGAACAAUACCUUUCACAUGUCUGCAUGACAUUAGAAGUUUUUCUGAAUUAAGUGAGAUGUUGGCUUCCUCUGUCAUCUCCAGCACAAAUCAAGCCCUAGCAAGUCUUAUGGAUAUUUGGGAUGGACUGGGUAUUAAAGAAGAUAUGCGUUUGCGGAGGAUUGAAGAAGUAAAAAAGCACAUUGAGGAAUUGUUUAACCGGAUGAUACACGAAGAAAGGGAAAUGAAAGAUAGAAUUGAGAAAAGCAUUCUCUUCUGCAGGAAAGAAUUGAAAUCUCUCUGCCAUGAUUUAUCUGUUGAAGAGUAUAAGAUUGAUGAAAGUAUGACUAUGCUUCAGAUUGAGAGGGAUUUGAGAUUGAGAUUAGAACUUCUUACAAAACAGAAGAAUGAACGAAUGGAAGAAUUAAGGAUGCUUCAGGAAAAAGACCAGGAGCUUUGUUCUGAUCUCUGUGUUACCCCUUACUAUAUUCCAUCUGGAUGCAUCCCCAGUCUUGCACAGAUAAAAGAACUUAAGGAACACAUCACAGUUCAAACAGAAGAAAAGAGAAAGCGCCUUCAGGUCUUUUCCACACUCAGAGCCGAAAUCCGCCAGUGCUUGGACGAAAUAGGUCGUCAGCCUGAGAAUUCUCUAGAGCAAGAUGCCGUUUGUGAGGAUGAAGAGGCCUUUUUUCUUACACCAGAAAAUAUCAAAGCACUUUCAGUUCUAAAAGCACAGCUUGAAAUAAAAAGGGAAGACCUCCUUUCCAUAUUAAACACGGUUAAAGAGAAAGUUAAUUCCUUGUGGGAUCUGCUGAAGGUUGCCCAGGAGGAGAGAACAGCAUGUCAAAAGGUUUCUGGGAGUUCCAUUUCUGAAGAACUAAGAAUGUUGGAAAGUGAACUAGCAAGGCUUGAUGAGCUUAAAAUGGCAAAUCUGAAGCAAGUGAUCUUAAAUAUAAGACAGGAAUUAAAUUCAUACUGGGAUAAAUGUUUCUACACCCUCGAGCAAAGAAAGCAAUUCACAGCAUUCUAUAGUGAUGACUUUACAGAAGAUCUUUUAAGUCAACAUGAUGAAGAGGUUGUUAAAAUGAAAAUGCUGUAUGACAAAUGCCAGAUAAUUCUGGAUGCAGUGGCGAAGUGGGAAACUAGCUGGACCCAGUUUGUUAUAUUAGAGAAAAAGGCAAUGGAUCCCAACAGAUUCUCUAAUAGAGGAGGAACAUUGCUUAAGGAGGAGAAAGAGCGUGCAAAACUUCAGAAAUUGCUAUCUAAGCUAGAGGAAGAUCUGAAGUCCCGGAUAGAUCUGUGGGAGGCUGAGCAAGGUUGUCCAUUUUUAAUUAAAGGCAAUAAAUUUAUGGAUUAUGUUGCUAGUCAGUGGGACAUGCUAAAGCAGCAAAAGGAGCGAGAGAAACAAGAUCGGACGCAAAAGAAAGAAGAGACAACACCCUUUAAAACGCCGAUCAAGAGGCCUGCUGGACUGUGCUCACAGGGUACACCAAGUAGCAAAAAUAGAAAGCUCAAUGGAACAACAAAUUCAACCAUGUCUCGCACAAAUAUAACACAUUCCAGUGGAAGUCAAACAGGAAAAGUACCGCUUGCCACAAUUAAGACUCCUAUGAAAACUAGAGAUACCCCUGUGAGAACUCCAUUGCAGGACAGUAACAAACAAGCAGUGGCAUUCUCCGGCCAGCCUGGCAGCUAUUCAGAGUUUAAGGAGGAAAUAUCCAAGAAAUCCAGCAAAGAGGCAAUUUUUAAUUCCACAAUCAAUGAGAACCUCUAACGUCCCCACUGAUACAUUCCAGGAAGUGAACUCUUGUAGCUUAUUCCAUCAAUGGUUUCUUUCUCCGCAUAUAUUAAAUUGCAUUAAUACUAUUGGAGGUAACAGUUUUAUGCAUUAAACCAAUAUCAGUCAAGAGACCACCUGCUAGAAGCCACGGGCAUUCUUUAACAUGGCUAACUUUCCAGGUGACUACAGCUGGUGCCCUUUAAAGACUUGUUUUGCUCUGGCAUAUAGAUCUUUAUGCAGUUGCUAUGUUUUUUAAUGUCUGCUGCCUUUUUUUAUAUGCUCUUAUUCAAAUAUCUGUAUGGCUUGUGGGGAAAUCUGUGUAUUUAUUGGGGUCUCAUAAGUAGGAUCCAUUUGAUAUAUUUGUAAAUAAAGAGAAAUAUUAACUCCUGGGUACCUGGUUUAUUUUCUGUUAACCAUUUGUGGUUCUGAUAACGUGCAGCUAAAAUAAAAGCUAAGAGCGCUUUUUUAAAGGGGUACUCCGGUGGAAUUUUUAUAUAUUUUUUCAAAUCAACUGGUUCCAGAACUUCUAUUAAAAAAAUCUUAAUCCUUCUGGUAGUUAUCAACUGUUGUACACUACAGAGGAAUUUGAGUUGUUCUUUUCUGUCUGACCACAGUGCUCUCUGCUGACACCUAUGUUCAAUUUAGGAACUGUCCAGAGUAGAAGCUAAUCCCCAUAGCAAACCUCUCCUGCUCCGAACAGUUCCUGACAGAGGUGUCAGCCGAGAGCACUGUGGUCAGACAGAAAAGAAAUUUUAAAAGAAAAGAACUUUCUCUUUAGUAUCCAGCAGCUGAUAAGUACUGGGAGGAUUAAGAUUUUUUAAUAGAAGUAAUUCACAAAUCUGUUUAACUUUCUGGCACCAGUUGAUUUGAUAAAAAAAAAAAUUCCACCGGAGCACCCCUUUAAUAACAGAACACGGAGACCCGAGCUGUCAAAAUUCCUUCUAUUUUGGAUUUAUUAGUCCCUUUGAUUGCUUUUAGCUGGUUAGGUUUAGCAUUGAUAUUACUUGCUUCAGCCUUUACCCAUUUUCCAUACAAGAGUUUAGAAAAAUAUACAAUUAGCCAAGACCAUUUACAUGCACAUGAAUGUUAAAUGGAGGAUAAGGCCAUGUCACAAUUCCCUGGUACUGUUCCGACAAUAUUACAUUUCUAUGCUCAUUAGUGUCAAUCAUUUGUAUUAUAAGUGGAAUAAUGCCCAUAAAAUGUAAAGGAAGUUCCAUUUUGUAGACCAAUGUUAUAUAUGUCUGUGUUUCUAUGAUCUUCUUUAAUGCAGAUUUGUGUGCGAGUAAUGUCUUUGGCCUUUUCUCUCUUGCUGAGUUUUCACUCUUGAGAAUUGUUACUGUUUAGAUAUGGCAACCUGAUAACACACAAUGUCCUAAAUUAGGAAACAGAACGUACGUGGGCUUUUUUUUGUUUUGUUUUUAUAAAUAUGAUAGUGUUGUGUUCCGGAUGAAUAUUGAAGCAAAAAAAAAAGAUGGGGGAAAAAAAAAAAAAACGUGCCUAGCUCUGCCUCACGGCUCCUGUUUGUGUCCAUCUGGUCCCCAGAUUUUAUCUAGUCUUCCUGCUUCAGAGACGAGUGCUGGGUGCAGCAACCUGCGCUGCACCCGACUGGCCAAGACUGGACAGCAGGUCCUGCACCAAGCAUUCAUUUCGGAAGAAGUAGGAUGACAGAAGAUGCACUAAACUGGAACUGUGGUAGACCUGGGGCCAUGUAAGUUUUUUUUUUUUUCUAUUUCCCCCUUCCCCUCAGCACAUAUUAAUUUUAACAAGGCUGGAUAACCCCUUUAACUUUUUUUUUUUUUCUCUUCCAAGAACGGAUCUGCCCUGUCCAUGUAUAAUACAAUGUCAUAACUCCACUUUUUAAAGGUUUUGCAAGCGAGUGUGUUUUUUUAUUCAGUUUGCUUAUGUACAAUUUUUUAUACGGUUAUUUUAACUGCAAUAAAGAAAUGUGGCAUUGCUUUAAAUUG